GGCGGACCGGAGGUGAAGUGAGAGCUGUAGGCGCGGAAGUGAGUGCACGACGAGCGCGGCGGCGCAUCGGUGUCCGGCGCCGACGGCAAGGCAGACGCCUUGCUCACCGUACUCGCGGUGCUCACAGGACUCUGACUGUUGCACUUCAAAGAGUGAGUAGUUUGGGUGUUUGAUAAACGUGGUGCUUCUGAAAUUGUGUCAGCAGCAAAGAAGAGUUGGCUGGUACUGCAGCUGCUCAAGUGAAAAUAGAAUCACAAGAAAUUGAUCUUGGUUUUUCUUUAAAUCUGGUGAUGUGAUUAAAUACGAGACUGCUGCUGAUCCCAGGGUCACUGAAAUGGCUGAUCCGCCCAGAGAUCCAGCACAUCAUGAUCCCACAGGACUAGAAACCAUGAAAACUUUUGAUUCUGAAGGAAAUCAAAAUGGGGAUGCUUUAGACCCACGAAUCAGGUCAAAGAAUGUAAGAGGAGUAGAAGCCAAUUUUGCUUUGAAGCUUGCGAACAACCCUGUAAAGAGAUCUAAGUUGGAUGAACACAAAGUAGCAAUGCUGGGUAAAAAGCGAGCCAGGCAAACUGUGAUAAUUAAUGACGAGGAUGCAAAGCAAGCUGGCACCGGUACAAUAUCCACACCCAGAAGACAGUCUCGUGGUAUUGGUGAAGGAGCUGCAGAAUCACAAAACCAGCUGCUCAUCAGGGAUCAGAGGCAAGCUGAAAGGAUGGGGGCAGAAUGGAGUAAUUCUGCUGCUCCGGAUGACCAAAAUACUGAAUCCAAUGGUGAUUUGGAUUUGGCAUCCCAGGAUUGGUCAAAGAAAAUGAAUGCAGAAGAAUCCCCCUCAGAUGGGUAUGAACAAUCUGUGCCAAGGCAAUUUAGGCAAACUAUGGAUUCCAAUCAGUUCAAGGGCCGGCCAGUCUCUUCUCAGAGAGCAGUUUUAACAGGACAGAACACUUCAGAUCAGAAACCUGCCAACAAGAGGUCCCUUGUUUCCAAGAAACAGGCUUCAGUGAACAAUACGCAAUAUCAUGACACAUCUAUUGAACGACUUCUACAGGAAGUGACAAGUGAUAAGUUCUGGCACAAUCCAGACGAGUCAGAACUUCAGUCUGUUCCUGGAAGCUUUGAAUCUGCCGAGGAGUACAUUAGAGUUUUUGAGCCUUUGCUUUUUGAGGAAUGCAGAGCUCAACUAUACAGUUCAUAUGAGGAGUCUCUUGAGGCAGUGUCAAGGGAUGCACAUGUAAUGGUGCGUGUGAAAACCGUGGAAAGGCGCGAUAGAGGAUGGUAUGAUGUUAUUGUUCUACCAGCACAUGAAUGUAAAUGGACUUUUAAAGAAGGCGAAGUCGCAAUUUUGUCAUUUCCUCGGCCUGGUCCAGUUGCCCAGUCAAGCAAUAAUUCUAAUAGGAAGACUUUUGGUUCAAACGAAGAUACCGAGUCACUGUGUGGACGGCUUGUUGGUAGAGUCCGGCGCCAUAUGCCUUAUGAUACACGUGAUCCCAUUGGAGCAAUUAUCCGUUUUUAUGUUGGGAACCCAUCUGAUUCUAGCUGCGGGACUGAUAUCCUGGGGAAACUCCAACCUCAAAGCACAUGGUAUCUAACUGGUAUUGGUUCUCUUGCAACAACACAAAGGGAAUAUGUUGCGUUGCAUGCAUUCCGCCGUCUUAAUGUGCAGAUGCAAAAUGCGGUUCUUCAGCCAAGCCCAGAGUACUUCCCCAAGUAUCAAGAGCAGCCACCUGCUAUGCCAGACUGUUUCACUCCUAACUUUUCUUGUCAUCUCCAACAUUCAUUCAAUGGGCCUCAGCUAUCAGCAAUUCAUUGGGCUGCAAUGCAUACAGCUGCUGGCACAAGCAGCGGGGCAGUGAAGAAACAAGAACCAUGGCCUUUCACAUUGGUACAAGGUCCUCCAGGGACAGGGAAAACUCAUACUGUUUGGGGAAUGCUAAAUGUUAUUCAUCUUGUUCAGUAUCAACGUUAUUAUGCUGCUCUGCUAAAGAAACUUGCUCCUGAAAGUUACGAGGAAAUUGGUGAUAGUUCUGCCAACAGUUCAGAGACUGUUGCUGCAGGCUCAAUGGAUGAGGUUUUGCAGAACAUGAAUCAGAACCUGUUUCGCACUCUUCCCAAGCUUUGCCCCAAACCACGGAUGCUUGUUUGUGCCCCAUCAAAUGCUGCAACAGAUGAGCUGCUUGCUCGAGUUCUUGACCGUGGUUUCAUAGAUGGUGAGAUGAGGGUCUACCGCCCUGAUGUCGCUCGUGUUGGAGUUGAUUCACAAUCCCGUGCUGCACAAGCUGUUUCAGUUGAGCGGCGCACGGAACAGCUGUUAAUGAAGGGACGCGAUGAGGUCAUUGGGUGGCUACAUCAGCUAAAAGGCCGUGAGCACCAGCUAUCGCAGGAGAUAGCUAUUCUGCAGAGGGAACUUAAUAUGGUUGCACAGGCUGGUAGAUCCCAGGGUUCAUUUGGAGUAGAUCCAGAUAUGCUUACUCAAAGGGACCGUAACCGUGAUAUUCUGCUUCAGAAACUUGCUGCUUCAGUGGAAAGCAGGGAUAAAGUACUGGUCGAGAUGUCACGCCUGCUGAUAUUAGAAAGCAGGUUCCGUGCUGGCAGAAACUUCAAUCUAGAAGAUGCUAGGGCUAGUCUGGAAGCCAGUUUUGCCAGUGAAGCGGAAAUUGUUUUUACUACAGUAUCAAGCAGUGGCCGCAAGUUAUUUUCUGACCUUAGUCAUGGCUUUGAUAUGGUUGUUAUUGAUGAGGCUGCUCAGGCCAGUGAAGUAGGAGUCCUCCCUGCACUUUCGCUUGGCGCAGCUAGAUGUGUCUUGGUUGGUGAUCCACAACAGCUUCCUGCCACUGUUAUUAGCAAAGCCGCUGGAACUUUACUCUACAGCAGGACUUUUGAGAGGUUUCAGCAAGCUGGUUGCCCUACAAUUUUGUUGUCAGUGCAAUAUAGGAUGCAUCCCCAGAUCCGUGAGUUUCCAUCAAGAUACUUCUACCAAGGGCGUCUUACAGAUAGUGAAAGUGUUGUCAAUUUGCCCGACGAGGCUUACUAUAGAGAUGCACUAAUGGCACCAUACGUUUUCUAUGACAUGUCACAUGGCCGUGAGUCCCAUAGGGGUGGGUCAUCUUCAUACCAGAAUGUUCAUGAAGCACAAUUUGCAUUUCGUUUGUAUGGUCAUCUUCAGAAGUUUCUGAAGGCUAAUGGUGGCAGGAGAGCAUCUGUUGGUAUAAUCACUCCAUAUAAGUUGCAGUUGAAGUGUCUUCAGCGGGAAUUUGCGGAGGUUAUGAAUACUGAGGAAGGGAAAGAUAUCUACAUAAACACAGUUGAUGCUUUUCAAGGCCAGGAGCGUGAUGUGAUUAUUAUGUCAUGCGUCCGUGCCUCUAACCAUGGUGUGGGCUUUGUUGCAGAUAUACGCCGGAUGAAUGUUGCUCUCACUCGAGCUAGGAGAGCUCUAUGGGUUAUUGGUAAUGCAAAUGCCCUCAUGCAGUCAGAGGACUGGGCAGCACUUGUAGCAGAUGCAAAGGCGAGGAAAUGUUUCAUGGACUUGAGUAGCAUUCCGAGUGACUUCCUACCCAUGAACAAUUCUUCUAACACCCGAGGCAUGAAUUUUUCAAACAACACAAGGAACAUGAGAGCUAGUGGACCUAGACCGAUGCAUUUCAGCAUGCUUUCUGAACCCAGGAUUGGAAUGAGAUCCGGCGAGGAUGAUCAGUCCAACUCUUUUCCGAGAAACGGUAGUUAUCGGAAUCCGGAUGUUCGCCCUGGUGAUAGGUCUGGGGAAAAUUUGCAGUUUGGGACGACCAGGAGGCCGAAUGCGUCCAAUGAUCCAAGGAGGCAAGUCUAGGGAGAACACACUGCCGUUUGCAACUUUUUGUGUGGGGUGGCGCAGCAUGGAACGAUGAUGAUGCAGCGAGCCGUCGCCUGUUCGGAAGAUGUGCACCACGGGUGGUAGUCAUGUGCAGGGCCAGACGACCAAUUCCUCAUGGGAUGGCUAGACCUCUCGGUGGGGGUUGCAGUCAUAGCUGCCUUGACUGGCUAAUUGGAUGCUGUCGUUUGGGACUUGGGCUUUGGCUCUUGAUUUUGUCAGGCCGCGGAACAAAGGAAGGCUGCCUCAGGGCUCAGGCCGGUGCUUGGUGUUGUGUAAGCACGCAGGACGUGUUAUAUCCGUUUACAUAGGCCAGGCUUGAGCAAGGCUGUCAGCUGGACAGACGUUGCCUGGCAUUUUGCCGCUUGCUCAUCCAUGAUCUUUCCAUAGACCUAUUUGUUAUACGCAAGCAGGCGUUUCCAUUUUGAAAGCCGCCCUAUGGCUGCUGGUGAAUAUGGGCAUUUUCAUUUUGAGACUGCUAUGGCUGGUAAGCGUUCAAGCUUUUGCUGUUAGAGCUGCUAGCUGUGAAGAUAAAUACGCUGUUCAUUACCUGUAUAAUCAGUUUGCUCGCUCGCGUACACAGUGCUUCUUCUGUGGCAUAAAUACGCAGUAAGCCCUGUCCGUGUGUACAAAGUUGGCUGUUUUGACAAAGCUGCGCUAUUUGAUUCAGCUGCCCUGUUUGUCACCUAUGGUUUCUUGUGUUUGCUAUGGGUGUCGGUUGAAUCCUGAA